AUGGCCACCACCAAAACCACCAUUAUUGCAUGGACUCUCCUGGCCACGGCGGUGGUUCUAAUGACACUUCCCAGUACCAAAGCACAAUCGCCUGCGGCCGCGCCAGGGCCAUCACCACCGUCGGCUGUGGCGGCGCCGGGGCCGUCAUUGGAUUGUACGAGUUAUUUGCUAAACGCGUCGGACUGCCUGAGUUUUGUGGAGGCCGGAAGCAACCUGACGAAGCCGGAAAAAGGGUGUUGCCCGGAGCUGGCGGGGUUGGUGGAGAGCCAACCCAUCUGUUUGUGCCAGCUGCUUGGGAAGUCUGAUAGCUUCGGAGUCCAAAUUGAUGUGAAAAGGGCACUCAAGCUUCCUUCUGUUUGUGGUGUCAGCACACCACCUCUUAGUUCCUGCUCAGCUAACGGAGUCCCAGUGGCACCGUCUCCGUCACCUGAAGGGCCUGCACCAUCCGGCGGUGGUACUUCCCUAGGAUCCGGAAACAGUGACAACGGAGCUCCAAGAAUAGCAGCCACUGAUCUGUCCUUCCUCCUUGGCUUAGCAAUUGCAUUUGUUACAACAUUCUUCUAA